GCCAAGGCCCGGCGCGGAUGACGAUGGGAGGCGUUUCUAAAGCCCGCGGGAACAGCCGUGUACCUGCCUUCUCCAGUCUGGGAAUAUCGGGUGAGCCGGGGUGGGCCAGCCACACCGGGCCCCGCGCGUGUUCCCCGAGCCCACGGCAGGAUGCAGCGCCGCGCGAUGCUGAAUGCGCGUCCUCUGCCCACAGCCCUGCCAUGUCCGGCUGCAGAUUGCCCACGGGCCUGUGCCCAGACAUGUGCCCGGCCUCUGAGCGCGACCGACGGGAGCGCGAGCGCCGCCUGCACCGACUGGAGGUGGAGCCGGGCAGCCGAGGGAACGCGCCCAGAGCCGACCCGCGGCGCACGGUGAAGGAGUACAGCCGGCCGGCGGCGGGCAAGCCCCGGCCGCCGCCCAGCCUGCUGCGGCCGCCCCCGGUGCUCCUGGCCACCGUGCGCUACCUGGCCGGGGAGGUGGCCGGACGCGCCGACGCGUCGUGCGCGGAGGUGGCGGGCUUCGUGGCGGACCGCCUGCGCGCCGUGCGGCUGGAUCUGUCGCUGCAGGGCGUGGGCGACGCGGAGGCGGCGGCGGUGCUGGAGGCCGCGCUGGCCACGCUGCUGGCGGUGGUGGCGCGGCUGCCGCCAGAAGAGGCGCGGGGAGCCGCGGACCCGGUGCUGCUGCAGAGGCAGGUGCAGGAGGCCUUCGGUUCGCUGAGGCGCUGCUACGCGCGGGGCGAGGCCCCGCACCCCCGCCAGGCCGCCUUUCAGGGCCUCUUUCUGCUCUACAACUUGGGCUCUGUAGAAGCCCUGCAGGAGGUUCUACAGCUGCCUGCCGCCCUUCGAGCCUGCCCGCCCCUUCAGACCGCCCUGGCUGUUGACGCUGCCUUCCGUGAAGGCAACUAUGCUCGGCUGUUCCGCCUGCUUCGCGCCUUGCCCUACCUGCAGAGCUGCGCAGUGCAGGGCCAUAUCGGCUCUGCCCGCCGCAGAGCCCUGGCCCGCCUGGCCCGUGCCCUGAGCACUCCUAAAGGACAGACCCUGCCUUUGGACUUCAUAGUACAGCUUCUGGUCAUGGAUGGUCUCCGAGAAGCGCAGGACCUGUGUCAGGCCCACGGACUGACCUUGGAUAAAGGCAGAGUUGUAUUCCUGAGGGGCCACUACUCUGAGGAAGGACUCCCACCCCCGGGGACCUGCCACAUGUUAGUGGAAAGCAAGCUGCAGGGACAUACCCUGGAGGAGGUGGUCAUGGCGGAGGAAGACAAAGACAUGUACAGACCAGGAUCUCCAGCUUGAGAGGAUUUCCUCUCCCCAAGGACUGGAUCAGAGCACUGUGGGUUCCUUUUCAUGAUUCCCAAGCAAUAAAAGAACUUGUUUUAUUAUGAUUCCCAAACAAUA